AUGCAACCGUUACCAUCGAUAAAGAUGGAAGCCGAUCCAGAACAAUCGUUGGCAGAAACAACUGCGCGUUGGAGCUGGAGCUCGCCAGAGGAAGACUGUCUAACCCGGCUUAUCAAGAAACACAGGAAAAGGAUUGAAGGCGGCGAGAUUCACAAGGGUAAUCUAUUCGACGAAGUAUCUAUCGAGCUCAAUGGACUAGGAUUUGGCAUAGAAAGAACUAGUUUUGCCUGUGCCAGUAAAUGGCGUCGAAUGAGCGACAAUCAAUCAAAGCUGCGUGGCAACACGUUGUUAAAUGGCUCGAGUUGGGAUUCUGACUUUGAUGAAGCUGGGGACUUUAUCACAGAUGAGGAUGAAGUUGACAAAGGCCCCAAUAACAUAAUUGAUAAGAAUCAGAAGACAAAUAGAAUUAUAUGGAGCGAAGAAGAAUCGAGAACCCUCUACGAGGAAGUCAAGAAUUUCAUGGAAUUGAGAACUCAAGGAGGCUUACCAAAGUCCACGGCAGCGGAACUUUUCAAUCAUGUAGCCCCAAUACUCAAAGUGAGAGGUUAUGUCAGAACCCCACGAGCUUGUCAACACUAUUGGCGCUACACCGGUAGCGAGUUGUGGAACUACGAUGAGCGAACUUCCGGUGAUGUUAAGAUACUUGAAGCGCGCGGUGCAAAAUUUACUGAGCCCUCUUCUCGAAUCAAUGAUAGAGCACUAAAGGAGACUAAAAAUUCAAGAAGUGUCCUUACUAAAAGUCAAAUGAGCGCACUAAGUCAAUUGGCCACAGAAUCACUCAAUCCAUCCACGGAACAAAAGGAGAAAGUUGCGAAGGAUCAUGGCAUUAGUGUCUUCCAGAUUUCGAGCCAUUUCGCGAAUAAGAGGUCCGCUCAGAAGAAGGAACUAGCCAAAAAUUCGUUAGACCAUGGAAGUUCCAAGCGGAAGCAAUUUGGAAGACUGUACGUAGAUUUCGCUGAUAGUGAUGAGUCGAUUGUUGCUCGAGCAGAUGAUGUUUUGACGGACGCAAAGAAACCCAGACUGUCAAGUUCCUCUCAGAUAGCAUUCAAUAAUGAUGGGAAGAGUGCUCAGCUACCAUCAGGUAUCGAAAAAGAUUAUAUUCGCAAGUAUUCUGCUUCACCACCACUUCCAAACCCCACGACACUGUACACGAGGGACACAGACUUUUUCACCUAUGCGCCCCGCAAGCAACAUGAAAGAUACACACCGAGUUCAGAUGACGCGGCUGGGUUCAAAGAAAUGCAAGAAAUGGUGCUUGUUCAGCGUCGCAGAAUCGAGGAAAGAAUUGCAGCAUCAAUCGAUAGACGAAAGCAACUGGAGUUGGAAACAAUUAGACAUCAAACCAGGGCGGAUAUGGAGCGAGAGGCGGCGGAGGAAACGGAGAAAAAAGUUGACGAGGAACUCAAGGUCGAGGCUCAAUUGAGAACUAGGCUCAAUCAAAUCGGAAGCUUGUAG